GAUCCCAGACUCUCUCCUGACUCUGUGUGUGUGUGAGAGGGAGAGUGCCCAGACCCCUCUCUCUCUCUCUGUUUGGGCUGUUGGGUAAUGGAUGAUUAAUUCCCUAAAUGACAUCAGCGGCUGGGCUGGAGAGUGUGGACACGAUCAAUCUCAGUGUUGAGAGGUUUCACUGAGGGACAGCUCCGCUGAUGAAGCCGAAGUAUGGCCGGUUUCGAAGUGAGUCGGUGACCAGCUCAGCGAGCGGCUUGUUCCACAGCCUGACCAUGAGCGGCCAGCUCGGUGCAGCUCCCGUGGCCGAAGAGCCGGAGGAUUCCACCACCUUCUGCACCCUCAUCCCCAGAAUCCCGCACUGGAAAUUCUCGGCGUCGCCAGGCUCGGGGUUUUUGGGAGGCAGGAACCCGGCUAAAGAGCUGCCUCCCCCCCGGCCUGCUACCCCCCGGGGGCCCGGCCUGGCCACUGUCCUGGGAUCCUGUGACUCGCUGUGCCCCCCUCCCUGCUCUGUCCAGGCCACGGCUCGGCUGCCCGGGGGAGGCAGGAGGGUCCGGGUGGAAGGAGUGCGCUUGGCCGGGGGGGAGUGGAAUCGCAAAGGCAGCUUCAUCAACAAACCGUCCGGAGGCUGGUUACACCCAGAUACCAAGAUCCUGGGUCCCGGGGUCUCCUACAUCGUCCGUGUGAGUAACAGGGGGAGAAGUGUGUGGGUGUGUAUCCCUCCCCCCCCAGGGGGCAGACCACACUCAGUCCCCAUGCAGUAUAUGGGUUGUAUUGAAGUGGUCAAAUCAAUGAGAUCCCUUGACUUCAACACAAGAACACAGGUCACAAGGGAAGCCAUUAAUCGGCUGCACGAAACAGUUCCAGGAGUGAAAGGGGCUUGGAAAAGGAAGCCUUCGAACCAAUCCCUGCAAUCCAUCCUGGGGAGAAGCAACCUGCGGUUUGCUGGGAUGAGCAUCACCAUCAACAUCUCCAUCGAAGGGUUAAACCUUGCAUUGCCCACCACCCGACAGAUCAUCGCGAACCAUCACAUGCAGUCCAUCUCCUUCGCUUCUGGUGGCGACACAGAUACCACAGAUUAUGUUGCCUAUGUAGCGAAGGAUCCUGUAAAUCAGAGAGCCUGUCAUAUCCUGGAGUGUUGUGAGGGGUUAGCACAGACUGUCAUCAGCACAAUUGGACAGGCCUUUGAACUGAGGUUCAAGCAAUAUUUACACAGUCCCCCGAAAGUGGUUGCUCCUCUUGACAGGAUGAACGGCAGUGAGGAGUCUGCUUGGGGUGAGGAGGAGGAGGAGAUGUCUGAGCAUAAUUAUUAUAACAGUAUCCCAGGAAAGCAGCCACCUCUGGGGGGGGUUGUGGACACCAGGAGCAGACAGUGGAACAUUCGGGCACAGCCCCCUUGCCCGGCUGGUACUAUGCAGCUCAGUCAUAUCACUGAGAGUGAAACUGAUCAGCAUAAGGAAGAAAACACAAAUGGUCACUGUGAGGAUCUGGGACAAUCCAUGGCAGGUGUGCUGAAUGAUGGCUACCUCCGACCGUACGGAAGAUCCACUUGUGGGGAGCAUAUGUACGUAAAUACUCAGGCCCUCGAUCAGCAGGACUGGACUAGCAGAGACAUGAGCAUAACAGUGAAUGGAGCAGUGGGAGACCGGAUGGAGAGUCCUGAGAAAGACAUGUUUGAUAUGAGACCAUUUGACGAUGCCUUAAAGCUGCAUGAUGCCAAAUCCAGCAAAUGUAAAGGAACAGGAACAGGAAUAUCGUGCUUAAAUCCCAGCUCAGCCAGAGCCACAGAGGAGGAACAGUUAAAGCGGGAGUCCUGGUAUCAUGGGAAGAUUAGUCGGAAAGUGGCCGAGAAACUCCUAGUGUUGGAUGGAGACUUCCUGGUUCGGGAGAGCAUGACGAACCGUGGACAGUACGUCCUGACUGGAAUGCACAAUGGCCAGGCCAAGCACCUUCUCUUGGUGGACCCAGAAGGAGUGGUGCGGACGAAGGAUUUACUCUUUGAAAACAUCACACACCUCAUCAAUUAUCACUUUGAGAGUGAAGUUCCCAUUGUAGCAGCGGAGAGUGAAGUUUGUCUGAAACAGAUCAUCGUCAAGAGGAAGCACUGAGCUGCUGCAGUGGCUGAUAUGAUUUGAACAUAUCCCUGAAUUCCAAAGAUAUCCAGAGAUUUUUGAUCAAGAAUGAAUAUUUGUGAGCAGACAUAUUGCUUCAGUUCUGGAUUUGAGUCGUGAAAUUUGGAGAAGAGAUUGAAAUUCCUCACUCUUGCAGCCAGCUCUCUGUCCACUCCAGCUGCUUCACAGAGCAUGUUGCUUAUCGCAGUCAGUGUAAUCACUAACACGGCAGCACUCGAGAAAUGGGAUUCAACUGAACUCAAACUAAUUGUUACUGUCCGGGAUACAUACAGGACAUCUCAUGAUGACAAAGAAUGGACAGUAGGAGGGAAUUGUUGGACUGUACUGCUCUGUGUGUGUAUCUCAAUAGCAGCUCCCACACACACGUAGGUAAAGGGGAUGGUUUAUUCCUGAUUGGUGUUGUACAGCCUGAUGGUCCCCGUGCUACGUGUAAAUAUCAUAUUCUGGUGGGGUGGUGGGAGUGUUGACCCCACGAACUGAGUGAUUUGGGGCCAUAAUGUGGGUGUCAGGGAAAGGUUUGGCUGACACUGUAUUUCUGACACGCUGUCAGAACAAUCGAAAGAUUCUGCCUGGGUUCCACAGCUACAGCCUCUAAAGCUCAGUCCACAAACAUUUCAGCAAAACUGAUCUGGAGACCAAGGAUGCAGGUAGUGGUGAGGGGUCUCUAUUCCCUCAAACCCUCUCUUCCCCAUGCCCCCUCUCUUCUUCCCACCAAUCUCUCCCUUCUUAACCCCCAUUUGUCCCUUUCUCCCACUCCCCCUCUCAACACUAACCCCCCAGCUCUCGGGUCCCAAUCCCCUCUCCUCUCUCUCUCUCUCCCCCUCCCUGUGUCUCUCUUUUUCUGUCUCUUCCUCUUACUGAGUCACUGCUGGUGAAAUUUGUCAAUUUUUGAUUUUGUGAUUAAAGUCCUUUUCUCAAUCUUUGAAAUAAAAGUGAUAAUUGGGAUGUA